AUGCGACAAGCUCGCGACGAUCCAAAGGCGCUCGGUGCAGCCGACGACGCCCGCAAGGCCGUCUCCGAGCUCCGCGGGCUCCAGAUCGUAUCUUGGGCAGUCGCUGCGCUCUGCAUGGCGUCGCCGCGCUCUCGCCGCUUCGACGAAGGUGUGCCACACCUCCCGUCAGCAUCGAUCCGACGUCACGGCACGCGCACGACCUGCGCCGCCAAGUGCGUGCCAUGCAAGCUCGCGAUUGUGCCCGAUACGACGUUUCAUACGGGCGUACUUGCCGUCCACGCGUGCCGCUGACCAGCAUCUCAAACGAUUUCCGAGCUUUCCUCGACACCACUGCGCUCUACCCUUUACGAGGCAGCGCUCGAAUACGACGCAUUGGACACCUCGUUUCGCCACGAUCGGAGCCACCCAAGAUGUACGCGGCCAUUGUCUUUGACAUCGCACCUCGAGGCAGUGCAGGCGCCUACACGUUGCGCUUCAGCGCGACGUCGAUCGCAACCAGAAAGCCUUGGUCGCCAAGCCGUACCAGCGGUACCCUAGCCCCACUCGGAUCGUUGUUGUUGUUGAAGUGGGUC